AUGGGCAACUGUUGCUCCAGAGGUGGUGCCCAGGAUGCCUCAACCAAUAAGGGAGACAACACCGAUGGUACUAAUCCCACCGAUGGCCAGCUGGAUGCUCCGUCCACCACCCCACCUAGGACUGCUCCGCCUUCACCCCCUACAGGAGCUUCUCCGAAGCCUGCCAAGGUUGCCCCUACUGGACCUGUCUUGGGCCGUCCGAUGGAAGAUGUAAAAUCUAUUUACAGCAUAGGAAAAGAACUUGGCAGGGGACAAUUCGGUAUCACACAUUUGUGCACUAAUAAGGUCACAGGGGAGCAAUUCGCGUGCAAAACAAUAGCCAAGAGAAAGCUUGUCAAUAAGGAGGAUGUGGAGGAUGUUAGGAGGGAAGUUCAGAUUAUGCACCAUCUGACGGGUCAGCCUAAUAUUGUGGAACUCAAGGGAGCCUAUGAGGAUAAACAUUCGGUUCAUUUGGUGAUGGAGUUAUGUGCUGGAGGAGAGCUCUUUGAUCGCAUUAUUGCCAAAGGUCAUUAUACGGAGCGUGCUGCAGCUUCUUUGCUUAGAACCAUUGUUCAAAUUGUGCACACCUGCCAUUCUAUGGGAGUCAUCCAUAGGGAUCUCAAGCCGGAAAAUUUCCUUCUACUUAACAAACAUGAGAACUCCCCACUCAAGGCCACUGAUUUUGGCCUUUCUGUGUUCUACAAGUCAGGAGAAGUAUUCAAAGACAUUGUUGGAAGUGCAUAUUACAUUGCACCUGAAGUCUUGAAGAGAAGAUACGGACCAGAAGCUGAUAUAUGGAGUGUUGGGGUCAUGCUGUAUAUUCUUCUAAGUGGUGUUCCUCCCUUUUGGGCAGAAUCGGAACACGGGAUAUUCAAUGCAAUCUUACGCGGCCAUAUUGAUUUUACCAGUGAUCCUUGGCCUUCAAUUUCACCUCAAGCAAAAGAUCUUGUUCGGAAGAUGCUAACUUCAGACCCCAAGCAAAGGAUGACAGCCGUCCAGGUUCUCGGUCAUCCAUGGAUCAAGGAGGAUGGAGAAGCUCCUGAUACUCCUCUUGACAAUGCGGUGUUGAGUAGGCUCAAACAAUUCAAAGCAAUGAAUAACUUCAAGAAAGUUGCUCUAAGGGUCAUUGCUGGCUGUCUAUCAGAGGAAGAAAUCAUGGGAUUGAAGGAAAUGUUCAAGGGCAUUGACACUGACAACAGUGGUACCAUAACACUUGAAGAGCUGAAACAAGGACUUGCUAAGCAAGGGACAAAGUUGUCUGAAUAUGAAGCUAAACAAUUGAUGGAAGCUGCUGAUGCAGAUGGCAAUGGGACUAUAGACUAUGACGAAUUCAUCACAGCAACAAUGCAUAUGAACAGAAUGGAUAGAGAAGAGCAUCUUUACACUGCUUUCCAACACUUUGAUAAAGAUAAUAGCGGGUACAUUACAACUGAAGAGCUAGAGCAGGCUCUGCGCGACUUUGGCAUGCAUGAUGGAAGGGACAUAAAGGAAAUCAUUUCUGAAGUAGAUGCAGAUAAUGAUGGCCGAAUCAACUAUGAUGAAUUUGUGGCAAUGAUGAGAAAAGGAAACCCCGAAGCCAAUCCAAAGAAGCGGCGUGAUGACGAUAUGCAGAAGCUGCCAGAAGAAAUUUGGUCGUUCAAUGUGGAUGCUACAGAAUGUACACUCUUUGGUGGGGAAUGA